AUGUGGCGUCGCCUUGUGGCCGCCGUACUCGCUCUCCCUGCCCUGCACGCGGAUGAUGGUCUACCACUGGCAGAGGAGAGUGUGUGCGGAACAGGCGGGCGGGAUUGCCCCAGGUGCAAGGCUUCGUUGAGUAAGUAUUCGCGCUGUUUAUUGGAUGCCGAGCACAGCUUUUCGGGUGGCACAACUGUGUUCCUUAAGAGCAAGGAUUGCUCUGUCGGCAUGGCUGUCUUUGUUAGCUCAACUCUUCCUCAGCACUAUGACCCAGCCAAGCUGGCAAAGGCUUUGAUGAGCACUCCCGUAACAGCUGGGGAUGAGAAGGCGAGAGACAUGGCAGCGCGGGUCCUCCGCGCCGCAAACAAGUUUUUGCAUGCGAUGUCGGAAGAGACAAUUGUCAGAGGUGCUGAAAUUGGCGUCAAGGCGGCCAGUCUACAAUCCAUGUGUUUUGGGGUCUUUCUCCCAAACUCGGCGUGCAGCCUCUGCAUCGAGCACGACGACCUCCCAGACGCCAAGGUGCAUGUGGAAUUGAGGCAGCAGGCGAAUUGCACAGUCCAUGACUGGAUGAUUGGGCAGUGCGCUUGCGCCGGUGCUAUCACACGCGGUCGGCUGUUGGGGCUGUUGUUCUCGUAUGUCCACGAUGUGCUCCUCAUGAUCGGCCUGAACUUUCACGUGCCGGACCCGACUCCCGCGAACCUUCUCCUGAUUUGUAAUCCUGAAGGCAGCACAUCCCUUCAGCCACCAAGAGUCCAAUGGGCCGAUUUUCUGGCCACCAGCAGCGAUGAGUCAACGCGAGGCUUGCUGGCGGGGUCAGAUAGUGAGAUUGCUGAAAAGGUGAGGGUCUUCUUCAGGGGCAUCAUGUCUGCGGCUCAAGACGCCGAUCUGGCAUCGGUGCUGCAGAUAGCAGACCUUUGCGUAGGCAGGUUGGAGAGGGGCUUCAAGAAAGGUGUGACCCUUUGCAUGGAGCGAGUGUGGUCCGAGCAGCAGAAGAUGAGCAGCGAGGAGCUUCACGAUUUCAGGAGGUUCGUGGCAGGAGAGAUCUUUUUCAGCGAGAUUGAUGCCUUGUCAGCUCGCAUCACGGAGCUCGACGUAAGAGACGUGAAGAGGGAGCUCGAGCUCGCAGACGUGAAGAGGGAGCUCGCAGAAGUGAAGACUGGAGGCACGACCUCAACCUCAUCCGUUUUCUGGGUGAGGGAGCUGAUCCGCAAGGACUGUGCUGUCUGA